CUGUUGAACCCAAGGAUGGCAUGGGUCAUGUGUGAGGGCCCGGCCGCCGGCCGGUGGUGAGACAAGCAAAGAGGCCGUCGCGUGACGGUCAUGACGACAAGGGUAACGUUAAGUGUGACGCUCGGGCAAGAGUUGCAACCCAUCGUCCACGAUUAGAGGGGGUUCAUCGAAGCAAGGAUACCCUGAUGAGAAAGUGAGGCCCAAACCACGCGUAGAACGCGAGGAAGAUUUGCGGCAAUCACGAUCUUGUUGACCCUUGGCGUCCUUUUCCCCCUGUAUUUUCCACUCGGACCCGUCGCAAUAUGGGGUUCUCGGAUGGGUUCUUUUCAAAUCUAUCCCAAAAUCAAAAACACGACCAUCAUGCUUUCUCUCCGUCCAGCCGAAAUUAUUGUUGCACCACCUACUUCCUCUCCCAUCGACCCUGGUCUUUCCCCUCCCGUCGUCUCAUUCCCAAACCUCCAAGACUCGCUUGACACUUACGUCAAUCUUCUUCUCAAAGAGCUAGGCUCUCACCCGGCCGUGAAGCUAUUCUGUUCGUUGCCCGACUUUGAUGCGUGGGCUGCUGGUACCACAUUGGACCAUAAUGACCUUCACCAACUUCGCGCCAAUCUAUUCGAUUUUCUGCAUCAAGUUCAGGAUCGUCUUCGGGCUCAAAGUAUCCAUGCAUCAUAUCACGUCUCACCCUGCCAAAACGACUCUGCCUUUGCAUUAGUACGUGCCAUGCCAGCAGGAUACCGGCCGGUUUGGACUUCGUGCUUGAAGGAGAAACAGAAGAUGGACAUUCAAGACAGGUUCAAGGUAUUCGUCGCGACGUUAGGUGGAUGUCCAACACUUAUCCUAUCGUGACGAACGGUUCGAGCCGAUGCUGCCGAAGUAGUAUGCUGGGUGCCUAUGGCGGACCCUGCCUUUUCUUGAUUCCGAUCUUCAAACCUAU